AUUUAUUAUUGAAGUAUACGCAGCGUUUUCUGUACAUGUAUAAAGAGGGAUGGAUGAGUACCCACCAUUCCGUUUGGAGGCGCUGCUAUUAACAUUAAAUAUAACGCUUACGCUUAUUGUAAUGCUAGGCGCCUGUCUGUGUUGCAAAAGGAAAGUGCCAAAAAAUGAUAUGCUUGGACUGGAGGGUAUGGUCAAGCUGAAGAAUCCUGACGAAGUGAUUGUAGUUAGUAGCAAUAAUGCCGCAGGCAACAGCCUAGUACGCAACAGUGAAUCACAGGCAGAGCUAAAUGCAUCUACAGUAUCGAAUGCUGACUCAGAAAAGCGUUCAAGUACAGCGGCGCACCGCAGCUUGCCGGACAUACCCGUGGCCGAGAGUAACGACAAUGGCUCUGAAUUGUAUGAAACGGUUGCUGACAAACAACUGUUGGAUGCACGUAACGAGCGAAGUCAAAGUCCUCAGCCCAGCUUGAAGAAGCAGACGAGCAUAUCGCAGCACAGCUCGAUUAGCCAAGCGGACGAUGUGAGCUCACCAUACUCGCGUGUCAAGGGCUUGCCCCACGAUUAUGCGAAAGUACGAACCACCGAGCAUCCGUAUGCCCAACUAAAUGCGCCGUCCACCUCGGGGGCCGCGGCAACAGCAACAGGCGCUAGUGCAUCCAACGCGAGUGUAGUCGCACAGCAUGGAGCCGAUGGAUUGCAGCGCGGCUCGCAGCACAGCGAAGGGUCCGCACAGCACAUUAACGAGGCGCCUCAGGCAGAAAUUCCUGCAGCAUCGGCUAUUGCGGGCAUGAUUUCGGCAAGUCAAGACUUGCCAUACAUGACGCCGCCCAUUGCGGGUCAGCAUUUUAGUGGUGACUCGCAGGACUCAUCCAAGGGUUACACAAGUAUUAGUGUGCGAGAGCCAUUGGCCAACAUAUUGGCGCAGCAGCCAGGCGGGAAGCCAACGUCAAGAAAUGCAGCACUUUCUCGCAAUGUAAGUGAUUCCCAUUACGCCACCGUCUCGGAUGACUCAGAUGAAACUUAUGCCGCAAUUGAGGAUCCGAAUAACAGAAAUAUUCCAAAUGCCACCGACAUUUAUACGAGUGGCUCCGAAACCUACGCACAAAUUCAGCCCAUGCAGCAGAAUCCGAUUAUCGUUGCCGUCGAAAUUAACCAGAGUAACAAUAUGCAGCCAUCUAGUUUGAUGAUCGGUAAAAGUACGGCGGGUAUUAGCACGCAAUUGAUGCUAAGCCAUAGUGGUGGAAGCUCAACGCAUAGGCCACAAAGCAGCAGCAUGGAACACGCUGGGCCCAUUCCACCGCCUGUAGACAGUCUGCGCGCACAAAUGCACUCGCGGCAGGCCUCCUCGUCUUCUAAUAAUAGUUCAUCGGUUUGCAAUCUCGGAUCGCCCAAGCCAGAGAAGCGGCAAGCAAAUUCUCCCCUGCCUCCAACACCGAAAGGCAGCAGUCAGGCGCAUCAACAUCAUCUGCAUGCCACAAGCAACAGCAAUUUAACCUCAGGUCGCAACUCGGUCAUUUCUGUGAUCGAGGCUAGCGCUGGCGUCGAAGCUAACGAAGCGGAAGUGGUGGAUGCUUCGCCGCAGCGCAAGCACAGCAAGAGCCUCAGUCCCUCUAAAGAUAUUGAGGGCAUGUAUGCUAAGGUAAUGAAAAAGCACAAGCUUUCGCGAAAUUCUCCUUCCUCGCAAAGCAAUUCACCAAUAAUGUCGCGCAAGCAACAGCACCAUGAACUGGGUAUAAGUCCCUUAGAUAGCACCGCUGCCCAGCUUAUGGAUGCGCAAAAGAUUUCAAUAAAUUCUGAGCGAAGUCGCGUGCGCAGCAAUAGCUAUUCCGCAAAGGAUCACGGCUAUGAAACCAUACCCGCCGAUGGACAUAGUCACCACGGUCAGCCCAACACAAAUACCGCCCUUCACGAGAAUCGCAAGUCCGAUUGCUAUGCAGCGAACAUGCUGCAAAAGGAGCGACAACAGGAAACAGCAUCUAGCGCACAGAUACACACAAACGCCCUGUUGGCCAACAACAGCAGCAGUCACAACAACCACAGCCACAACCACAGCAAAAGCAUCGGUGAGAAGCACUACGAGACUAUUGUUAGUCCGCCGACGCGCCACAACGAUCCUGGUUACGAGCAGCUACAGUCGCCGCAUGACGAUGAUGCGAAGAAAUCUGAAUACGACCCCAACUACGAGGUGCUAAAAAGCCGUGAUCAUUCGGACGAUGGCUAUGCCAAGGUGCUGGAGAAGAAGCGCGCACCCAACCUUCUAGAUAGCGACGCUGUGGAUAGUAGCAGCGGCUAUAGCACUAUUUUAGGUGCCGAUGCGAAUCACAAUUAUGCCAGUAUUUUGGAAACCAAAGCAGCUGCUGCUGCUGCCACACCUGCCAGCGCUAUUGUUCUUAUCACAGGAGAAGGGGAACCAUCAGCUGUUGCAACCGCUGUAGAGACUGAAACGGAGAUAGACCACUAUGCUCGGAUAGCGGAGACAGGACACCAUCUUCCUCCAAGUGUGGUUACCACUCCAGGCAGUGCCACCAGCCAUUUGGUGCUGACGUCACCUACAUCGCCGAACGGUUCCUCGCUUAUGCAUCACAGCUCAUCAAUAACAACGGUGACGACCAGCACAAGCAAUAUGAGUUCGCGACAGACGCCGAUUUCCUCGCAAUAUGAGUCGCUAACGGGCAGUGAAACGGAUCCCAACUACGAGUCUGUUUGCUAUCUGAACACGACGACUACAAACCCAACGACGACGAGCAGUGGCAACAGCACAAGUGCGGAGCACGCCUAUGAGAGGCUAGAGACAGAUACCCAAGCCAGCAGUCCGCUAACUCCGGAUGCGCUAGAAGCGCGUCAGCAUUUGAACAGAAGCGGUAGCAGCAGUGCCGGAGGUUGCCGCAUGCCUAAUGAGGGAAUUGUAGAUGAUUACUUUCAAGUGUAGCAGUGAGCUGGAUCUCAAUGGUCGGUCGGACCGCUCCACCCACACAUAUACACACGCACGUACACCCAGCCGUUUUGCUUAGCAACCGUUGCACAUACAUACAUUAUUAUUCAUGCACAUAUCAUUGAUUGCACAGCGCUCGCUUGUUAGUUUUAGGCUUGCAACUUAGUUGGGCUCAGCUCUUUAUGUUACACAACGCACAUACAUACAUACAUGCGUAGAUGUAUGUAAAUAUUUACUUACCAUUAUCUGUUGUUUGCAUUGCUUUAUAAUCGUUAUAUGAGAGGGGGUGCGUUCACAAAAGCAAAGGCAAAGCUUCAAUUUCAAAGGUAAAUUUUCCUAACUUCACAUCAAGUGAAACUCCAAAGAGAACUUCAAAACUUAAUUCGAAUGACAGUGUAUUAAACUUCUCCAAUUUCGCCGGAUUGAAAAUUGUAUUUUAUAUGUUAAAUUGUGUAUUUUAUGUUGAGUUGACACCGCAAUCGCAAGACGUUGAGAAAAUGAGGCUAGGAUUAAGUUCAGAUAAUCUGAUUAAAAAUGUUACGUUCAUGAAUAUCCUUCUAUAAAAUCUAUAAUUCUAAGUUCACUCUAAGUUCCAUUGUUGCGCAAAGUAUUUCUGCUUUAAGAAUAAUUAACUUUAAGCAACAAAUUUGAUUCUCGAUUCUAUUAACUGUCACGCUGCCAAGUUAACUUUAAUGUACAUUUCCUGUGACAGGUGACUUUUCUCAUAUAUACAUACAUACAUAUAUCAGAAAAUACAAUACUACAUGCAAUCUAUUUUACUAAUCUAGAUAUCAUAUAAUUUGGUUCAUAUCUUAAACAUCUGAAUGAAAGUACUACUUUAAAUGCCGAUCUUAGGCGAAUCGAAAUCAGUAAAUCAAAAUAUCACUAUAUACGACUAACAAUGAUAGAAUGGUAAUGUUGCUUAACUUGCAUUAUCGUCAACUAUAAGUGGGAAUGGUUCUGAACUUGCUUCGUUUACUGUUAAUGAAAUAUCUGCAUGUACAAAGUAUUCUAUUUUAAUUGCGAAGAUGGACAAUGAGUACUUCCGGCUGCACAAAUAUGUUACAUAUAUGUAUGUGUGUGCGUACAUACAUUACGAAAUUCCAGUGCAUCGUCCUAGAUUAGAUAAAGUUGUAUUCAAUAAGGCGCCCUCCAGUUUAAAGUGCUUUGUUUUAAUUGAUAACUACCGUCGGGUUAUUUCAAAGAAGCAUAUUAUAUUACACGAUAUGUAUACAGUAUAUAUUUUUAUAUGUUUGGCAUUUUUGCUGCGUUCUUAAUAGAUAAACGUAAUGCGUUCAUGAAACGCAAUCUACUCGUAUUUGAUAAAUGUUAUAGCCACAAA